UUGAAGUUCCAUGGAAUCGGAUGUAGACGCCCUACAGCUAAAGAACGCAGAGAAAUGGUGAGAAUCAUUGUUGAUGAGAUGAGACAGACAGAGUUAAAUCCAUCAAAAUCACAAUGUCUGAUUGUUGCAAAGAAGAUUGUUAAACAGUACCCACAAAGCUUUGCUGAUGUUUUGAAAGAUGGCACAAGAAUUGGGACUGGCUAUGGAUCCCUUUUGAUACAACUGAAAACAAGAGUGGAGCAUGUUAAUCGUGGCUGCUCAUUUUCGAGACGCAGAAAACAAAAAAAGACCUCAAAUUCACCACCCGAAGACACUGGACCAGGGCCUACUGACCAGUAUGGAUGUGUAAGGUGGCAGCCUGAGUGUCCUGUUGAUGAUACUGAAGAAAGUCUCCAAGAAAAGCAGGAAGAAAUGAAGGACCUCUAUAGUUGUGAGGGGCCAGCUGGAGCAAAAGGACAUCUCAGUCAGUUAACGAAAGCUACGUACUACCUCCAACGUAAAUCGAUUAAUGCCUGUCCACCACCAUCCAUUGCUGAGUUGAAAAAUAAGUGGCCAUAUCUUUUUACACCCAAAGAACUGUAUAGCCACUUUAAGUCACUUACCAACAUCAGCAUUUUGGAAAGACUUGAGAAGUCCAUGGAAGAAAAAGGAAAGAUGAUUCUUCAGUUUUUCCGUCAAAAGCCAGCAGGGACCAAAACAGAUGAGAUUCAGCGAAUACUUCUGAAGUUUGAUGAUAGUGGAGCUUCAAGUUUCAUUCCAUGUGUGGUCCUUGUGCUUCUGUCACACUUUAAAGAAAAAAACGAUGCACUGAUUCUUUAG